UACUUAGAUACAGGGGCGGACUGACCAUUUGGAAACUCAGGCACUGCCCGAGGGCCCGGAGUCAGUAGGGGGCCCCAUGAGAUGCCCCUGGUACCUUUUUCAUAGCCUUUUUUAAGUUUGGGCAAGGGCACAGGGCCCCUAUGAUCCCCUAUUGCCCGGGGCCCCAUGAGUUGUCAGUCCGCCCCUGCUUAGAUAACUAUACAAGCACAAGAGACUUUUUCUCUAGCUCCUUGUCUGCAGUUAUAGUGCACACUGCAGAUGACCUGAAUGUAAACAAAGCAAUG